GCAGUGGGAUAAAAAAAAUAUAAUAAUAAUAAAACAAAAUUUAAAUUAUUUUGCCCAAAAUCUUAUUUAAUUUUCACUGCUUGAUUGUUGUUGUUGUUUUUUCUUUUUUCCCAGUUCGGGUCGCUUUCUAAUGUCGGGUAACAACAGCGGUGACGUUACGGUGUGGGACACGAUCGAGCCACCGAAGAAAGUGUUCUCCAAUACUGACCCCGCUCUGGAGCCCAUCCUGACACACAAGGCACACGAGGACGCUGUCAAUGGAAUCAGUGUUCAUCCAAGUCUUCCUCUGUUUGCAACAUCAUCUGGGCAACGUCAUUUCACCCUCCAAGGCGACAGCAGUGACUCUGAUACCGAGGAGAGCGGCAUAACAUCCGCUACAAACCGCUAUGAUAACAGUUUGCGUAUUUGGUCCUGUAACUCAUGAUCAAGGCCAUGUAUUUCUUCUUCUCACUAUUCCAACCAGUUCCCCAUGACUAGUAUUUCAAAUUGCCUAGCAAGUUGUGAGUGAUGGAAAAUGAAUAAUUUUCUUUAAAAUUCAUAACUUUAUUAUACUGAUGUGGUGUUAUAAAUGGGCUAUUUCUCGUUCCAGCCAGUGCACCACUACUGGUAUAUCAACGGUUGUGGUAUGUGCUGUCAUGUCCGUGGGAUGGUAAAUAUAAAAGAUUCCUUGCUACUACUAAAAAAAAAGUGGCGGGUUUCAUCCAUUGUUCUGUUCGCAUGACAGUUACGCAACUUUGAAAUCACGAGAACCACCAAUCGGUUAUGUGGUGAACAACUUUAUUUUAAAAUUAAAAGUUCCAUAUAUCGGUAAUGAAAGUGAAUAUUUUUGAACCACCAAUGUAACACAGAACCAUAGUUGAAGUGUUUUAGGCCUAACUCAUUGGUUUCGAGAACUAUAUUCACGUAACCAAACAAUCGGUUACCUAAGUAAAACUCACGUGAACUGACUUCUGGUUACCUAAGAUUUUGAAAUAUUGUCCUCUGGGUUUCCUCACUAAGACUACAUGUCAAAAUUACCAACUGUUUGACAUCCAAGAGUUGUGAAAAUGGUGGCAUCCAUGUCAGUAUUUUCUACUUUGUGCGCAAAGUAAGAAUAUUUAAUAAAUACAUAUAUAAUA